AUAACAUGCUUUUUCCAUCCAUGCUGCCUCAGUCCAUCCUCUGGGCCACCAGCUGAUGAGAUGGCACAGAGCGCCCAGCUCCAGCCAAGCUUUGAGGACGUUUUUAAUAUUCUCUCCCAGAUCCCACACGAUAAACUCCUUAACCUCAAAUAUAAACUGAAACACUUGAUAUUUGGGCCCAGCAGCAAAUUACUACAAGCCAUGGUCCUGCUUACUCUGGGGCAAGAAGUGGACGCAAGAAUUUGUUUGGAUGCCUUAGGAGAUAACCAGGCAGCCCAGUAUGUCCACCAGAUCAAACUGGGUGCUGCAGGAGAGCAGGCAGAUGGGGAGGAUUUGCAGCCUCCCCAGUUGGAUGCAGGUGCCAUGGAGCUUCUGGCACAGAUCUACUCGGUGCUGGCAGAGGAAAAACUGUGCAGCCAUGAAGCUGUGGACAAAGCCUGCAAGGAACCUCAGGGGGACACGCUCAGCAGUGCUCCACCCGAGGACCGGGACAAACAUGGCUCUGCUAUCAGCACGGGUGACAAAUUUCAGACGCUGAGAUCUGAUGUGGACGUAGGAUUUCACCAGAUGUCCAACCCAAACUACAUGGUGAGAAGUUCUCCAGUGCAGAUCAGAGGCAACUCGGACCCCUCAGGCCCACAGACCUUGCGGUCCUUGGGGAGUCCCUCCCUCCCCAGUCGCUUCGAGAUCAGCGCGUCGCCAACGGUUGUGUUUCACACCCAACCUCCUCCCUGUGAGCGUGUCCUCCAGCCCAGCCAGCUGUGUGAAGGGAGCUCCAGUGGUGCUGGACAGCCUGAUGGGGACAGACAGAGCCACGGCCUGCAGGAAACAAGCUGGCCCAGCAGACCCAAAUCUCAUCCCGGGCAGGACACAAGUGUCCAAGUCUCCCAACCACUGGAGGUUCCACAGGUCAGUUCACAUCAUCCAACUCUCUCUGCUCCUGAAAUGCAGCUGCCCACGUUGGGAGCUGUGACCCAACCUGUGGAAAGCAGUGAUGUUUCCAACACAAUGGCAGCAGAAACUCACACACCAGAAGAAAGCACAGACAAAAAGCCAAAUGAAAAGCAGUUCUCCACAGGUCUUCCUGCUUCAAGAGCUACAGAGGAGACUGGUCCUGCCCAUACCUCCAGGAAGGACUCCCAUGUUCCAGCAGGCAUUUCUUCUAACUCUGCACCUGCUUCCAUGUCAGCCCGUUCCCUUCCUCCUCCUACCUAUUCCUUUUCCUCAACCCUUCCCCCUGCUCCUCACAAACCUCCUUCCAACUUGUCAUAUCCUCCUCCCAUCCACUCAUCCCCCUCCCCAGCCUGGCCUCCUCCGCUCCAAACUGUGGAACCGGUGCCCACAUCAGAGCCAGAUGGUGAAGAGACAAAGUUCUUCACUUUUGUUGUCCUGCACGCUAGUGAAGAUGAGAUUGUUGCCCAUCGGGUCAAGGACCUGCUGGAGAAGAUGGGAGUUCCCAAUGGUGCCACACUCUCUGAGGACUUCUUCAUUGCUGGACGCAGCCACAUGACUUGCUUCCAGGAUGCUAUGGAAAACUCUGCUUUCAUCAUCCUUCUGCUGACCAAGAACUUCCCGUGCGACCUGUGUAUGUUUCAGACAAACAUUGCUCUGAUGGAAUCCAUCCUGAAACCAUCCAAGCGCAACUCAGUCAUCCCUUUUGUACCCAAGGAGAACCCCCUGGAGCGGAGUCAGAUUCCCAGCAUGCUUGGUGGGCUGAUGCCCUUGGAUGAGAACUCUCCUGGGUUCUCCAGGACAGUACAGAACACCUUUAACAGCACCAGGAUCAAUGAGAGGAAAGCCAUGUGGGACAGGAUGCAGAAGAAGAAACUACAGCUCUACUGGGAUCAGUAUCAAACACAGCAGAAGUUGGCUGCUCUGAACCUCAGCUCCCUUCCCCAGGUGCCUCCAUCAACAACACGGCCACAGUCGCUGGAGCAAUCACCCCAACAGUGGUGUCCCCCAGCUUCGACUGUCCCUCCUGCCACAUACCCACCUCCCCUCACUGGUCACCCCACGCCUGCUCACGUGGUUCCCCCUCCUUUCCAACCACUUCAUCUCCCAUCAGGCCAGUACAACCUGAUGCCAGGUCCAGGAGGCAUCCCAUCCCUCAUCAUUCAACACGCCCGGAUGGUUCAGAUCGGGAACCACAACGUGAUGCAGGUGGAAACUGUCACACCAGGUCCACGGGACGGUGAGGAAGAAACCAGGUAG